AUGAAAAAGAAGAAGAAACUGAAGUGGGUCAUAACUGAAAAAGAGAGACAAGAUGGGCAGAAGACCAAAAUAAAAGCAAGGUUAGUUGCUAGAGGAUUCCAGGAAACGGAGAAACCAAAAUCAGAUUCCCCAACCGCCUUGAGAGAGUCUUUCAAGACUUUCAUCGCAGUAUCGGCUAAUGAAGGAUUUGAACUGGAGAGCGUCGACAUUUCAGCAGCUUUCUUACAGGCCGAAAAGCUUGAGCGUGAUGUGUUUGUUGAACCACCCAAAGAUGUAAAAAAGGAAGGAACCAUUUGGAAACUGAACAAGCCAAUCUAUGGGCUUGAAGACGCAGGAAAAAGAGAAUUUGUGGAUAUGAUCAAGGAACUUCUAAUGAAAAAUUUUACGAUUUCUAAGGUGGAGUCAUCCGAAUUCAGAUUUACAGGGAUUGAUAUAGUUAAAACAAGAGAAGGAAUAGAAGUAAGCAUGGAGGAUUAUGCCCAAUCUAUUGAGGAAAUCAAAGAAAUAAGGAAAAUUGGAAAUGACGAACCUCUAACAAAAACCGAAUAUAAAGUUUUCAGGAAGUAUGCAGGAAAAAUCCAGUGGUUGGCGGAAAAUGUCCGACCCGACUUGGCUAUUGUUGGAUUGAACAUGUCUAUGAAAAAUAAAGAUGCUACGAUCGGUGACCUAAAGAGAGUAAACAAAAUUGUUAAGAAAAUUAAAUCAAGAGAAAGCAAAAUAAAGUUCGGUAAAAUAGGGAAGAAAGAAGACCUGAAAAUUUAUGGCCUCGGCGAUGCGAGUUACAGAUGUGACUCAAAGUCAAUUGGGGGUAACUUGAUUUUAAUGGGAAACAAGAAAACUGAUAUAGUAGCUCCUAUAUAUUGGAAAACCAAAACCAUCAAACAAGUUUGCCAUUCGGCCAAAGACGCCGAAACGAGAAACUUAACUAAAUUAGUAGAUGACAGUGUUUAUUUAGCAAAAAGUGUUGAACAACUUAUGUUUGGAGAAAAAGGAGGAAAAAUCCCAGUAAAGCUGUUCACGGACAGCAGACCAACACUGGAAAGUAUAGCCUCAUCAAAACAGGUAGAAAGAAAAUUGUUAAGAAACGCAGUGGCAGACUUGAAGGAGAAACUAAUUCAUAAAGAGGUAGAAUCAUAUAGUUGGCUGAAUACUAAAGACAUGAUAGCAGACAUAUUAACAAAGGAAAAUAAAGAGAGUGAUGACAUGGUGGAUGUCUUAUACGACAAUGACCUCCCAAGUGAGACGCCGGUGACAGAUAGGGGCGGCUGUUGCCUCUCGGACACGAAAGGGCGGCGCGACAUUAUUGACAGAAGGACGCCAAGUGGAGUCCUACGACGUCAGGGUGACGAAGGCGAGGAUGUCACACUAGGAGUCGCGGGAAUGAAACGGAAUCGUAAUUUGUGA